UGGCAUGAAAACAUAUGAAAACUCGUUAUUAUAAAAAUAUGAUAUAAUCAGUAUCUGUUUGAGGUGUGUUAUUUUCGGCUAUUCGAGAUUUCAGCGCCCGCCAUAUUGGUUGCUCCACGAGACGAUCUUCCGGCCCACGUUGUUAGCGUAUUCUAAUAAUAUACGGACAAAUAAGCUCUGUGCGCUUUAUGAGUGACUCUUCAGUUACUGUUCAAAAGUUAAAUAUGACAGAUAACACAUCAACUCCAGAUUCGUGGGAAACAGUGGCCGAUGGUGGUCUUAAUGCGAGUCUGUCCAGACUAAAUGUGAAUGCGGCAGUUUUCGUUCCCAAUGUGAAUGCUGCGGAAUUUAUUCCAAGCUUUCGAAAGGAGCCACAAGCGCCAGAUCCUCCACCCGAGCAAGAGAGUGCAUGCACCGUACCUGAGCCAGUGCCGCCCAGCUCAUCCCCUCUUGUGUCAUCCCCAUCAGUGAGCUCACCAACACCCUCAUCUCCUGCUCACCUCCCCUCCUCACACUCCUCUCCCUCUCACAAUACGCUUCCCCCCAACCUGUCCUCCCCAUCAUCCACCUCCCCAGCUGUCAUGGUCAACUCCAUCAACGAUGCCACGGCUCAGCCCGAGGCUCCUGUUGAAGCCCCUGCUGCAGCUACUGCUGCUGCCUCACCUCUGAAGACCAGAGCUGUCAUCAAUAAUGAUAAUACUGCUGACUCGUGGGAGGAGGCAGCGGAUGCGGCCACCCCAUCACCAUCACACUCAGCAGACACAUCAUCCACACCCCACACCCCAGAAGAUGAUGAGGAUGAUGAUGUGGAUGAUGAUAGUGAGGAGCUGGAGGACAAGAAGAAGAAGAAAAAGCCUGUCAUCUUGGAUGAUGGCCCCAGCAAAGAGCCUGUCAAUGUCAUCUUCAUAGGACAUGUUGACGCAGGCAAGUCGACCAUUGGUGGCCAGAUCAUGUAUCUCACUGGCAUGGUGGACAAGCGGACGCUGGACAAAUACGAGCGAGAGGCCAAGGAGAAGAACAGAGAGACUUGGUACCUGUCAUGGGCCUUGGACACCAACCUGGAGGAGCGUGACAAAGGCAAGACGGUGGAGGUGGGGCGCGCGUACUUUGAGACGGAGCAGAAGCACUUCACCAUCCUGGACGCCCCUGGACACAAGAGCUUCGUGCCUAACAUGAUUGGAGGGGCCAGCCAGGCCGACCUCGCCGUUCUGGUGAUAUCAGCCAGAAAAGGCGAGUUCGAGACAGGGUUCGAGCGCGGUGGACAGACGAGAGAGCACGCAAUGCUGGCCAAGACGGCAGGCGUGAAGCAUCUCAUAGUCUUAAUAAAUAAGAUGGAUGAUCCUACGGUGCAGUGGUCCCAGGAGAGAUACAACGAGUGUAAAGACAAGCUCGUGCCUUAUUUGAAGAGGGUUGGCUUCAACCCUUCACGUGACAUUAUGUUCAUGCCGUGCUCGGGGUUGACGGGAUGUAACCUGCGGUAUCCCAUGGACCCCGCUUUGUGUCCGUGGUAUGACGGUCCUGCCUUCAUCCCCUACAUCAAUGACUUGCCACCACUCAACAGAAAUACUACAGGUCCCUUCAUGAUGCCCAUAUCUGACCGCUACAACGACAGGGGCACCAUCGUGCUGGGCAAGGUCGAGUCCGGCAGCUGCAGGAAGAACGACUCUCUUAUUCUAAUGCCAAAUAAAUCUCCCGUGACGCUGGACGUGCUAUGGCGGGACGACGACGAGGUGAACGUCGUGACGUGCGGGGAGAACGUCAAGGCGAAGUUGCGCGGCGUCGAGGAGACCGAUAUCGCGCCUGGCUUCGUCCUCUGCGACCCCCUCAACCCCUGCAAGACCGGCCGCAUAUUUGAUGGACAGGUGGUGAUAUUAGAGCACAAGAGCAUCAUAUGCGCGGGCUACUCUGCGGUGUGCCACAUCCACUCUGUGGCUGAGGAGGUCACGGUCAAGAUGCUCAUCUGCACCGUGGACAAGAAGACCAACAAGCCCCAGAAAGUCGGACCCAGAUUUGUUAAGCAAGAUCAGAUCGCAAUCAUGAGGUUCGAGACGAGCGGUGUCAUCUGUAUGGAGUCGUUCAAAGAUCAUCCGCAGCUCGGCAGAUUUACGCUUAGAGACGAAGGAAAGACCAUCGCGAUCGGGAAGGUGCUGAAGGUUGUGGAUUAGAAGAGUUCUCGCGUGACUCAUCACCAAACUACUCCAUCAUGCCUUUUUAAACUAUAAAUAUUAUUGCUGCUGAAGAUAAUACACUAAUAUUGUACCCGUAUUGUUAUUACCUCUUAGUCAGGCACGGGUGAUGCGCACCGUGUGUUUUUCCUCUCAGAGAAAUGAGUGAGAUUUUAUCCAAACAGCGAUACACUUUUUGCCAUUGUAUGAGUGAUCCUGCCCAAGUUUA